AUGGCCUCAGACCAACAGCAGACACCAACCGCCCCAUCUACAACCCAAGGAACCGAAGAAAAGAAAAGUGACUCAGGCGAACAUAUUAAUUUGAAAGUCGUUGGGAGCGAUCACAAUGAAGUAUUUUUCAAAAUCAAGCGAAGCACGCAACUGAAAAAACUGAUGGAAGCUUACUGCGAACGCCAGGGUAAAAAUAUAAAUCAACUACGUUUCCUAUACGACGGCGAACGUAUACAACCCAGUCAAACCCCGCAUGAGCUUGACAUGGAAGAUGGUGACGCAAUUGAUGUGAUGGUCGAGCAAGUUGGUGGUAGCCUUACUAUGAUAAAUAAUACUUUGUGA